CUACGCACAGCAUCAUUUGAGGCGGUCGGCGCAUAAUUUCUUCAAGGACGCUGAAGAUUCAUAUUUUCAUAUAUUUGAGCGUACGUUGCUUAAAAAUAAUGAGAACAAAGCCGGAUGUAUCUGGCUAAGUUCACGUCUCGAACAGGCCGGUCUUACUGAGAAAAUCGAAUUAAGCUUCGCGCUCAUUUUUCGUCAGGCGGUCGUUCGAACACGCUUAGGUGCCAAAGGACACGAACAUGGCGGCCUCCCUGUGGCUGGGGCGUCGAGCCGUUUUAACCGGGCUGAGAAUAAUCAAAAUUAAAGAAUGUCACUGGAGUCCACACGGGGGUCGCGGUUCUUUCAGGCAGUUAUUUCAGUCCCCGUCUUUUCUGGGGGCCGCCCCGAUGAAAGUGCAGAUGCCGGCACUCUCCCCAACCAUGGAAGAGGGCAACAUUGUGAAAUGGCUGAAGAAGGAAGGUGAAGCAGUGGCAGCUGGCGAUGCUCUCUGCGAAAUUGAGACAGACAAGGCUGUGGUUACCAUGGAAUCCAAUGACGAUGGCGUCCUAGCUAAAAUUCUGAUGGAAGAAGGUAGUAAAAAUGUGCGUUUAGGGACUCUCAUUGCAGUGAUGGUCGAGGAAGGGGAAGACUGGAAACAAGUGGAAAUCCCUUCUCUUGUCUCCUCACAGCCUGCUCCAUCUCCUCCACCUGCAGCUGCUCCACCCUCUGCAGCUCCUGUAGCCCCACCCCCCAGAGCUGCACCUGCUGGACCGUUGCGGUUGAGUCCUGCUGCUAGACACAUUCUUGACACGCAUGGUUUGGACCCUCAUCUAGCCACAGCCACUGGCCCACGAGGUCUCAUCACUAAAGAGGAUGCACUGAACCUGCUGAAGAAGGGAGAUGCAGCCCAUUGCGUGGCUCCAGUGUCUGCUCCUCCUGCUGCCCUUGCUCCUGCAGCUCCAGCUCCAACCCCUGCUGCCCCCGCUCCCUCGGCUGCUCCAGCCUCAGGCCGUCCUCUCUACCCACCCAUAUCAGUGCCUGGCAAACCUGGAGCUCCAGGCACCUUCACAGAGGUCCCAGCCUCCAACGUGCGGAGAGUCAUUGCACAGAGGCUGACCCAGUCCAAAACCACCAUCCCUCACGCGUACGCCUCAGUGGACUGUGACCUUGGUGCAGUCUUGCAGCUUCGUAAGGAGCUAGCUCAAGAGGAGAUCAAGGUGUCGGUCAAUGACUUCAUUAUCAAAGCUGUUGCUGUCACACUUAAAGAGAUGCCAGAGGUCAAUGUGACCUGGUCAGGGGAUGGACCUCAGGCCCUCGACUCAAUCCACAUCUCUAUCGCCGUAGCGACUGACCGUGGCCUCAUCACCCCCAUCAUCAAAGACGCGGCGAACAAAGGUGUGCAGGAGAUUGCCGCCAACGCUAAGGCAUUGGCUCAGAAAGCAAGGGCUGGGAAACUGCUACCAGAAGAAUACCAGGGGGGAUCUUUCAGUGUCUCCAACCUGGGCAUGUUUGGCAUCAGUGGCUUCAGUGCAGUGAUCAACCCUCCACAGUCCUGUAUUUUGGCAGUGGGCCGCUCCAGGGAUGAGCUGACACUAACCCCAGAGGGCCAGGAUGGCUCAGGCCCCAGCCUCCGUACCCGGCAACUAAUGACCGUCACUCUGUCCAGCGACGGACGACUAGUGGACGACGAACUCGCCUCCCGCUUCUUGGACAGAUUCCGUGCCAACUUGGAGAAGCCCCAGCGCAUGGCUCUGGCCUAGCUUGCUGAGUAAGAGAGGGAGAGGGAGGAGUAUAUUGGACUGAGUGACUGUUACUAAUGAAAUGGCAUAGAAGGGUUUUCAGAUUUCAACUCAAAGAUGUUCAUGCCUGGAUUUAUUUUCAUUCACCAUUAAGAGCUGCAUAGAAGUUCAUAAAGGUGUUCUAGUACACACUGUGUGGCAGUUUCAGGUUUCUUCUCUGUUAGGUACAUUCAUGGCUAAUCUGUAAUGCACAAGUGGUUUUGUUUUUUUGUACAUUUGAACAUAUUUGAGUAUUUAUUGUGGCCAGUAAGAUUAUACAGGGAGAUUCACUCAAAAGAGGCCCUGAAUGUUCUGUUGUAACUCCUGUUAGGAUGAAGCAAUCUGAACCAAAAAAAAAAAAAAAUAAACUACAUACCUUGACAUAUGUGUACUCAAUAGCAUUAUAUGUGAUGCUGGAAAUGAUCUAAGCUUUCUGCCAGACACAUGAAGGUUACUUGGAUAUGCACUUGGACGUUUCAAACGGAGAUUUAACAUCACGUUCGUUCAGAUUGCUUCGCCCUAGCAAGAUGUAUUACAGAAUAUUAGGGACCUUUUUCGACUAAAUCUCCUUGUAGUUCUUUAAUGGCUCACUAAGUGUAUGACACUUUAAAAAUUUAAAUUUCUUUAUUGAUUAAUUCAGUGUUGCCAGUUUUUUCCUUAACCGUUCUACCACAGUCCUGUUUACUGUAACUUUGUUUUUCGUCUGACUUACUGAAAACUCAGAGCCCACCAUCUUCCAGAGUCAUAAACCACGUCAACCACAUAAACCAGAGUCAAGCAAAUAAAAGCCAUGUCAAUGAUACUGAA